AUGGCCACGCCGGAGCCUAUAACGCCGGCAACGUAUGACCGGACGUAUGGCGGCAAUCGAGCUUUUCAUAAUUUCUUCAACGACUUCAAUCACAUCCAAGACCCGAACCUACGACGACGGCUUGCGCUAUCAGAAAUCGAUAAAGUACCUUUUGGGAUGUACCAUGUGAGGGCUGUGUUAGUCGCUGGUAUAGGAUUUUUUCUUGAUUCGUACGAUAUCUUUGCUAUCAAUCUCGUAACGACGUUGCUCGGUGUUGUGUUCUGGCACGGAGCCCCGGAGGAUGCGAAGAAUGGGUAUGGAGGGAACUUUGGACACUUACCGACCCCGGUCAGCCAGACUCUGAAGGCGUCAACGAGCGCGGGUAUCAUCGUAGGUCAGGUCCUAUUUGGCUGGUUGGCAGAUAAGUACGGAAGAAGGCGAAUGUACGGAGUUGAGCUAGGCAUCAUCGUCUUCUCGACUCUUUCUUGUUGUUUGGUUGCGGCCUCUCAAGCUAUAAGCUUCACCGGACUAAUGACGUUUUGGAGGGUAAUGAUGGGAGUCGGUAUAGGAGGGGACUAUCCUUUGAGCGCUGUCAUCACCUCGGAGUUUGCGCCUACACGAUGGCGAGGCGCUAUGAUGGCCGCGGUGUUUUCCAUGCAAGGGAUGGGACAGUUACUAGCUGCCGUCGUGGCCCUUAUUGUUACCGCAUCUUUCAAGAACGCCUUCGGAAACGCCCCGAGCGUCGACCAAUGCGACUACGCAUGUCAGACAGCCGCCGAUCGAUGCUGGCGUAUUAUUGUAGGAGUCGGAGCUUUUCCGGCUUGCUUUGCUCUAUACUAUCGCAUUACGAUCCCCGAAACGCCUAGGUAUACCUUCGAGGUGGCUAAGGAUGUCGAGAAAGCGGCGGCCGAUAUCAAGGCAUAUAUGUCGAGCCGGUCAGAAGGAGAAGUAGAUGAAAUCACUCAAGCGAGGAUGAAGAAAGUCGCCGCUCCAGCACUCAACAUACCCUCAGCGUCUUGGCACGACUUAUAUAUUUACUUCACACAAUGGAAGAACGCCAAAGUCCUGCUGGGAACAACUCUGUCGUGGUUUUUCCUAGACCUAGCUUUCUAUGGUUUAGGGUUAAACAACCAGAUAAUAUUACAAGCAAUCGGUUACGCCGAUGGGGACUCGCUUUACACAAUAUUGUUCAACAGCGCAGUCGGCACGAUCAUUCUAGUCGUCGCAGGCUCUCUGCCUGGAUAUUGGACUGCCAUACUGACGAUCGAUAGUAUUGGUCGCAAACCACUCCAGAUUAUCGGAUUCGUUAUACUUACUAUCACCUUCUGCGUAUUAGGAUUUAUGUACAAUAGCCUCAGCAAGGGUGCUUUAUUGGCCCUAUAUGUCAUUGCAAACUAUUUCUUCAAUUUCGGUCCAAAUACCACUACUUUCAUCGUCCCCGGUGAGUGCUUCCCGACACGAUACCGCUCCACCGGACACGGACUUUCGGCAGCUAUGGGGAAAGUCGGUGCUAUCGUCGCACAAGUCAUUUCUUUGCCGCUCCUCACAAAGGGCGCUCCCAACCCUUGCUCGGGGAAAUCAUGCACGCCCUGGCUCGACCGGCUGAUGCAGAUAUUCGCGUUAUUCAUGCUCUGUGGAACAUUUUCGUCGCUACUUAUCCCCGAAACUAAGGGCUAUACCCUCGAAGAGCUAGCGGGGGAGCCUCCGACAUCGUACAACUCGGGCCGCAACGGCAGCAUCAUUGAACGGUCUAAAGGCCGAUGGUGGAACCCGUUUUCGGGCGGUCAGCCAGCCGGCUUUUUCUACCCGCGCAUGGCACCGAGCGGUCGGACAGGUAUCAUGACUAUACCUGAAUCGGUAGUUCAGAACGUUCAGCCGAAAAAAAGGUGGAGGUUCUGGAGACGCAAUGGUGGCCCCAACAGCAAUAACGCAGGCAACUACGCCGCUAGUUCGAGCUCAACAGCGGGUUUCGCCACGUCAGGGGAGACGAUGGUGGCUAACGCAGGCGUGUUGCCCGGUUGGGGUGCUGGCUGGGGUAGGAUAGAUAGAGGAGGGAACACUCUUGCUAUGGAUAAUAUACGGCUGCAAGAUGUGGGAAGCCUGUUAAAAUUAGCUUUUCGUCAACAACCUGGAUUUCGACUCUUGGGACUGGCAAUCCAACCAAAACAGACCGGCAAAAAACAACCUUUUGGCCACCCUAGUCCUUGCGAUUCUCGGUUCACGAAGCCCACUUUGGUGACAAAGCCCGCCACUGUUUCUCCCGCCCCAAGAAGCCUAGGAGACGUCCUAAUGGACCACCCGGAGAAGCGAUUUGAAGGCAUCAGCCGAGAUAUUAUUGACUUAGCCGCUAAGUCUGUGUUGCAAGUUACUGACGAAGUAACGGUGAAAUGGCUACACAAAUGGUGUCCUUACAUGGACUUCGCGCUGAUUUUCGACUGGAUCCGAUCUAUUGACUACGUCGAGAACAACUACAAGCACAACCUAUAUAUGGUACCAUCUGAGGCGAUGGACAUCAAAGGCACUGGUACGACACUGGCAAACCUAUACCGCAAUUGCCGAGUAGUCUACUCGAAGUACCCCGUCCUCAAGAUGUCCAAUGUCGUGGAGGUUUUUGAUCAAUGCAUUAUUCUCUGCCGCGUACUCAAGAAUGAGAAGUGCACAGAUCUCCUUAAGAAGACAAAAGAUAUCAUCCAGUGGCUUCCUGUCGGCCUCGGAUGCAAGGAACUGGAGGUGCAGAGGAAAUUAUCUCGCAACUUGAACAAUCUCUCUCUUUCAGGGAAAGAGAGAAAUAAGUUGGAGGAAGAAUUGCUGGACGCAGCACUCGUCGAAUUCGAAAUACAUCGGCAAGAGUUCACCAUCAAGCUUCUGCAGCAAGUCAAGUUACUGCUAGACUCCUCCGACCCGUUUGGAGUCAACAAUAACUUGUGA